AACAGCAUUUUUCAAGGCCCACUUCGGUCAAGGCAGUUCGAGUAUCCUUUUUGAUGACGUGCAGUGUAACGGUACCGAAACAUCUAUAAUGUCGUGUCGCCAUUCCGGUGUUGAAAGUCAUAACUGUAGGCACACGGAGGAUGCCGGAGUUAAAUGUAUCCCUAAAUGUGGCAAACAUCAAUCUACAGGACAAUACCCCUGGGAAGUGCGUGUGCAAAUACAACGCGAGAAGGCAGUAUCGAUUUGUGGUGGAACCAUCAUUGAUCAACGUUGGAUUCUCAGCACAGCACAUUGUUUUGCAGACAAUGAGACGCUUGGUGCCGUAACAGGCGUCAUUGUGCACGUUGGAUCUCAAGACUUAUUUCGACAUUUAAGACCUGAUCAGAUAAUAUUCCAUCCAAGCUUCAAUUCAACCAGUUAUGAUUAUGACCUUGCACUCUUGCUGAUGAAUGAUAAAAUUGUCAAUGAGGAAGUUCAGCCAGCCUGUUUGCCGGAUGAAAGUAUUCCUUACAAUCUUACGGGGCUAAGAUGCCACGUCUCUGGAUGGGCAUUUGACCAUGGAAUUUCGAUGGUGCCAUUAGGAGCUGAGGCAGCCAUCAUUGAAGUUGCACUAUGCGUAAAUUUUUACAAAUGUGCUGCUGAGUUAGAGCAUGGUGUUAACGAUUGUAAAAAGGACUCUGCUGGAUCACUGGUUUGUAACAUCGGAGGCCUAUUCUACUUAAUAGGGGCUGCUUCAUUUGGAAAUGGAUAUAAAUGUGGCGAAAAAGGGCAUCCGGGUGUUUAUACCAGGGUUACGACAAUGCUUCCUUGGAUUACAACGAUGCAAAGAUGUAUGUCACCUGACAAGAUUUGUAACCAUGUGAAAGACUGCCCCGGCAAUGAAGAUGAAAAGGGAUGUGAGGCGAGAGUACAGUUGGUUAAUGGUCCUAAUAAAAGAUCUGGACGUGUAGAAAUUAUUAUCGGUACUGAACGAGGUACUGUGUGUGACGAUAAUUGGGACGACAACGACGCCAAAGUCAUCUGCAAAAUGCUCGGAUAUGAUGGUGGGAAAGCGCUGAAUGAAUCCCACUUUGGUCAAGGCAGUUCGAGUAUUCUUCUGGAUGAGGUACAUUGUGACGAAACCGAAUCAUCCAUCAUGGCAUGUCGCCAUUCUGGUCUUAGAUUUCAUAACUGUGGGCACCAUGAAGAUGCAUCAGUUGUAUGCAGCUCAAAAUGUGGUCAUCGACCUAUGGAACAUUAUUUAAGAAAGAAACGUAUAGUUGGAGGGGAAAAUGCAGAAAAGGGCUUCUAUUCAUGGCAUGCUGGAGUUCGAACACGAAGCAGGAGAUCAUCGCAUUUGUGUGGAGGAAUAAUUUUGAACGACCGUUGGAUCCUAAGCGCAGCAAACUGUUUUUGGAACAUAGGCAAGGAUGACAUUAUGGUUUAUACCGGUGACCACGACCUUUUGGAAAAUGAUACCUUUGAAGAACAGUUUGAGAUGGAGCACCUUAUUAAACAUCCUAAUUAUACAUGUCAGACUGUGCUUAGCGCAGCAGAAGUUCGUUUAAUUGAUGAUGAUGACUGCAAAAGAACAUACGGUACAGAGAUAACUCCGAACAUGGUGUGUGCCGGUUAUAUGGAAGGAGGCAUCGAUGCAUGUGCUGGAGACUCAGGCGGACCUCUGGUGUGCAGCGUUGAGGGUCUUUACUACGUGAUGGGCGUAAUAUCAUGGGGAACAGGAUGUGCUUUACCAGGAUACCCAACUGUCUAUGCAAAGGUGGCGGCUUUUCAGUCCUGGAUUGAGACCACGAUUGCGUCGUAUCCAUAAAUAAAAAAACGUCUUCUGCAAAGUGGCUGUACAGCAUUAGUUCUAUUUGAAGACAGAAUGUUCAUAUUGUAACAAAUAUGAAUUAGGUGAUUGCAGAAGCUUAUUUCAGUGUUUUCUUAAUUGUGUCCAUUGCCGAAAGUACUCGUAGUACAGAUAUAUGUUCAUAUGUUCCAGAUAGGAAGCCAUUGGCUUAUUUUCUUGUGGCAUACAAAUUAUUCUUUACAUGUUUGUAAAUGUAAGGGCUAUUAAAACAUUUAUUAUCAUCCUCACGCUUUUUAAAGCGUGGGGAUAUUGCGGUUAUCUCCGCCGUCCGUCCGUCCGUCCUGGCCACUUUCUUCUCCUACACUAUUACGACUAGAACCUUGAAACUUACACACAUGGUAGCUAUGAGCAUAUAUGCGACCCUGCACUAUUUGCAAUUUUGAUCUGACCCCUGGGUCAAAAGUUAUGGGGUUUGCGGUGGGGCCGGUUCAGAGAUUUUCACUCAUUUUGCUAACAACAUGCGGCGAACUUUUUACCCAGGAGUCAGAUCAAAAUUCCAAAUAGUGUACCGUCGCACCUAUGAAGGCGCCCCGCCCACAUAGACCACGCCCACCCACAAUUUUUUGUUAACAUAACUUCUUCAUUUAUUCACCAAACAUGCGGCGUGGGGAUACGCGUCGGCCGCGGCCGCACCCUUUCUAGUUUUAAUCUAGUUUGAUGCUCUUUUUUAAUAAGAAACAAAUCUUAUGAAUCGUCAUCGCAUGUGACGUGUAUGAACGAAGGGCGUAAAUUCCUUUAUGCUAUAUGUGUAUGUUCCCACCCGAAUUCAACGAGAAUAAAACCCAUACAAUUAAUUAUCUAGAAAAUAAUGUAAUCAUGAUACUCGCCUAUAUUCAUAUUCACACAGAACUAAACUAUCAUCGACUAAUUCUAAUUAACAAUGAAUUCAUAAUAUAUAUUACAAUAUGCAUUAUGGGCGUCCGAAAUGAUUCAGAAUAUAUCAAAUAUGUUAAAAGUACAAUUAAUUAUAGAACGUUCAAUUUGGUAAGACAUGUUACCAACAAAGAAUACAGAUACAGAUAAACGGAUACAACUUUUCCGUAUACGAACAAUCCUCAUUGAUAUGUAUUCCCAUGCAACAAAAAUAGUUUUGUAAGACA